CUAUGGAAGCCACGUGAGUCGAUUCAUCAGCCUCCACAACACAUCAGCAGCCACGUGGGACUGUCAUUCUCUCUCACGUGCCGCGGUGGGCGGGGCCAAAUACCUUUCCAUCCAGGCUGCUCUUGCUUGCAGGAAGGCGGUACCAUCCCUCUCUCUCUCUCACUCCCUCACAGACGGUUGUUUAUUUUUGUGUCGUACAGCAAACCAUGCAUCAGCCCUACAACCCAACCAAGCCAAUCCAUCCCUGUCUGUCCGUUCCCUGGAUUCAUUUUACGGACUCUCGACUUUGACCUUUCGCUGAAUGCACGUGCAUUCUUCUCUUCAUUCCAUCCCUCCCUCCCUGUCCUUCGGACGAAGAAGUGAACAAACCUGUCUGCACGCGCGCAACCUUCUCCAGCUUCGCCACACCCACCGCAGUGCUGUCCUCGCGCGCCGCGAUCGCGUUAAAAAGUAGUGCGCGUGCUGGCGUCUGCAGUCGCUGCCAGUCCCUCCUGCACGUGCAACUGUCAACAGCCAGCAAGCGUGCGCGUGUGUGUUGGUGAGAGUGUCCACGAGCUGUCAUCUACAAGGACCGAUUUUCAGCACCUCUAAACUCGUCAUAUGAGACUGAAUCAUCAGGUGGACAGAGCCGGCUCCUUGUUCAAAGAGAGGUCACCAUGCCGACCCUGUCCAUGUCCCGACUCGACAAACCGUUACGUCACAGCAUCGCGGCCAUCUUAGACAAGUGCUCCCCUCCUCCCUCCCCUUCCAGCUGCUGCUACGACGGGUCAUCAGGUGUGUGCUACCUGCCGCAGACGGCAUUGCUUCCUCUCGUCGUCCCCAACGGUCGUGCACCGCUGUCCACGACAGCCGGAAGUGACGUCACGGAACGUGCACACGCAUCCGGAAGGGUUAACGACGCUCCCGGGAGGGACGAGACGACAACAAGAGAGCCGACAAUGCACACGAUGCUGAGGAGGUCGUGGUCGUUGAUGGAAAACGACGGUGUUAUUACGGCGGGACACGUGACAGAUGAGCUGUUAUCGGCAGAUGACAAGGAUGAUCGGAAAAGCGUCCUGGCGUCUCCGCCGUUUGCUGCGAAGGGUAUCCACCCGCUCUUGCCUUCGAGAGCAUCGGGUGGAACAGUCACCAAUCAUCUUUCGAUGAUGCGAUCCCCCUACACAGCAGACGACACGACGCCUGCUGUCAAAAGUGCCUUCAGACCAAUUGUCCGGCCUUGGAUCGCAGGAGGAUCGGUGAAAAAAACUGCCGAGCAGCUUCCGAUGGUGUCCGCCAGAGUCUUAAAGAGUGCAAAACCUUUUCCUCUUUGUCCUGCUAGAAAAGCUCCAAUGGAAUCCGAUCACGUGACACGACCCCCUUUUGCGCAGCCUUCUCUUGAUGCAGUCGUUCUGUUCAGACAGCAAAGCUCUGCCUUUCGAGCGGUCUGCAGGUCUGAACAGGAAGCCAGUCGACAGCAACCCGUGACGAACAGAACUUCCGGUGUGCAGCUGGGAAUGGCUGCAGGUGUAAUAGGGUGUGGGCAUCCCAUGGCAAGCAGCCUGUCUUCUUGGCUCUCCUGGUUGCAGACUCGCGGUCUGCACUUGGGAUCCCUUUUCCAUCAUCCGGGCUGCCACCACCACCAGCACCAGCAGCAGCAACAACAGAGGCCGAACCACGGCCUGCAGCAGCCCCUCCCUCUGCAGACCCUGACCACCACCGGCGUUGCUCUUUCUUGCCAGCAGGCUCCGCGCUACAACUGUGAAGCCUGCGGCAAGAGUUACUCCACCUUCGGGGGGUUGUCCAAGCACAAGCAGUUCCACUGCGCGGCGCAGGUCAAGAAGGACUUCCGCUGCAAGUUCUGCGACAAGAACUACUCGUCCCUGGGCGCCCUCAAGAUGCACAUCCGUACACACACGCUGCCCUGCAAGUGCGGAGUCUGCGGCAAGGCCUUCUCACGACCCUGGCUGCUGCAAGGCCACGUCCGCACGCACACGGGGGAGAAACCUUUCACCUGUCCGCACUGCGCACGUGCCUUCGCCGACCGCUCCAACCUGCGCGCGCACCUGCAGACGCACUCUGAGGUCAAGAAGUACAGCUGCCGCUCGUGCUCCAAGACCUUCUCGCGGAUGUCGCUGCUGACGAAGCACCGGGAAUCGACCUGCGCCGCCUUCCAGCGAUGAAGCCGUCAGUCGGUCUUCUAGGUGGAAACAAAGGGAGGACAGCGAGGUGUGGAAAUUGAGAUCGGAUGCUUCAUCUUACAGACAAUGGAAAAAAAACUAACAAAAACAAAGAAGCAAACAAACACACAUGGGCGAAUAAACAAACACGCAAGCAAACAAAUAAACAAACAAACAUGCAAACAAACAAGGAAAAAAACGCAUAAAUUAAUUGGGUUAACUGAUUUGCAAAGGAAGUGUAGCGAAAGCAGGAACAUUGGAUGUGACAAUGUUUGUUCUAAACAUAAACAAAAGAUAAACAGAAUAUUAUGGGCCUACAAGCUACAAACAUUGUCCCCGCCUCUUCGACACCUUGCACCUAGUUCCUGUACUCAGUUUUCGUGGCUCGUGGAAGGCAACAGCGACCAACGAAGGAUCAUAUUUGUUUGUCCACGUUGACAUGCUGGACAUACUUCAACCGUUUUCAAAAUGAAUGAAGAAAACACAGAGUACAAACCAGGUUCAGACUGCUGGCUAGAAGCUAGCUCGGUGGCUAACUCAAAGCAAUCAGCUUAGAAAAUAAAGCAUUUUCGCCAACUGCCACCUAGCGAGAACCUGGUCAUUUGGCGGUUGGAUGUUAAAGAAGUAUCCAGUGUACGUUGGACAGUUUCCAGACUACGUGGCCACCCUUUGAGGACCAAUGCAACCAGAAUGGACAGAACAAACCAUACAUUUAGGUGCCUUAUUGAUUGAGUAUAAAUAUUUAUAUUUUUGAGACAAAUAUUGAGAAACUUUGUUUCUAAUCAUGUUUUUUCGGGGAAAGAGAACCUGCCGAAGUGCCUAUCAUUAAAAACUUUUCAGUGGGGUUGUGGGGAUUAUCUAUUGACAAACAGAGUAAAAUGUGGCAAAUUUGUAACUAAGAAUUGUUAUUCGGUCAACUGUUACUACAGUUUCUUGUCGCUCACAUCGGACUCUGGUGACAAAAUAUUAACUUUUUUUUCUAUAUACUGCAUUAUAUAAAUAAAGCAAGGUUUCUUGUGAGAGUUACUUCGAAGGAUGUCCAUUUUAUUUACUUAUGUUGUAGUUUAACUAACAUAAAAUCGCAACUUUUUUAGCAAUUUGUUUUUUGUUUUUGUUUUUGUUUUUGUUUUUUUGCCUCUGCUGUAGUAUCCGUUUUCUUAGAAGACGCGUUGACAAUUUUUGAGUUUGCAUUGGGCUGGACAUCAACAAAGAUUGUAAACAACUUGCCGAGAGGAUAGUUACAGUAAUGAAUCAUGUGAUUAGUCACAUCUGUCAGUUUAUGUGUAUUUAAUAUUGAUAAUAAGUGAAACACUAGGAUUAUGGUGUUUCAUAUCAUAUCACAUGUAAUCAACACCAUAUGAUGCUUAUAAUUAUCAUGGCCUCUUGGUGUUAUCUGUGAAGUUAUAUAUGUAACAAUUGAUCGCGAUGGUGAAUAAAGAUGCG